UUUGGUUAAGUAACCACAACCCUAACCUACUGAAGUUCCCAAAGACAAAAGAGCUUCAACAUGAUCAAGUUUUUCCUGAUUUUCCUAUUCUUGGUUCUUAACAAUGAAGCCCAAAAUUUGAAGACCAACCUAUAUGACUACUUAGAACUAGCCUUAAGGUGGCCAAACUCUUAUUGCGUGACACAUGAAGGUGGUUGCAGAGAAACUGUUCCCCAGUUUUUCACCAUCAGCCAUCUUCGUCCAACCAAAAGGGAGGGUCCAGAUAUGCAAUAUUGCCCCACUCCACUUACUCUGCCAAAUAGUACGAUCGAGACAAAUAAAAAUGACCUACUCGUAUUCUGGCCUGAUCUGAGCACUGAUAAUUUUAUAGAGAGCAAGUCCCUGUGGAGGGACCAAUGGAAAAAGUUUGGAUCGUGCUAUAAUAUGAUGCCAGACGACUACUUUAUGAAUGCGCUAAACAAUAGAAAAAGAAAUGACCUAAAGAGAAUCUUGACAAGUGCAGGUAUUGUUGCAAGUGGAAAUUCAUAUCCAACGCAUAGGAUAUUAGGAAGUUUCAGAAGAGCUCUAGGUGUGAAUGUGAACAUAGUGUGUGAACCAGAUAGAAGUGGAAACUUUUAUCUUGCAGAGGUUCAUCAGUGUGUUGAUGUGUCUGGAACAAUUCCUAUAGACUGUGACAAUAAAGCAAGAGGGUGUGAAGAUGAUCCCAUCUUUCCCUAUGCGGGCUUCCAACCGGAUCUAAAUCUUAAUUAAUAAUGCAAUCACAAUCCUCUAUAUAUAUGGGCAUUUUCUGUGAUCACCACAUAAUAUAAUAUGUAAAUUAGAUCGUAUACAGUGUAAUAAACUAGGUGAAACAAUGUGGUAUUCUAUUAUAUUAUAUACUGAGUAAUAAACUAGAUAAUACUGUGUUAUCUUA